AUGCCCAAGUCAAGACGGAAUCGCGUCGUGGCCAUGACGCAGGUGUCUAAGAAGACACGGGAGCAGAAAGACAAACUCUUCAACACCAUCCGCGAGGCUGUCCCGCAGUACCAGCACUGCUUCGUCUUUGGCGUCGAGAACAUGCGCAACACCCACCUCAAGAACGUCCGUCACGAACUCUCCGAUUGCAGGCUCUUCUUCGCCAAGACAAAGCUCAUGGCCAGAGCCCUCGGCCAAACCCGCGAAACCUCGCUCCUCGACGGCCUCGAGGAUCUCACCCGCUACAUCAACGGCACGGUGGGCCUGCUCCUGACAAACCGCGACCCGGAGGCCAUGCUCUCCUACCUCGACUCCCUGAACCCCGUCGACUUUGCCCGCGCCGGCGCCACCGCGCCCCGCGACUUCAUCGUGCCCCAGGGCGUCGUCUACGCCACCGGCGGCGAGGUGCCCCGCGAGCACGACGUGCCCAUGGAGCACAGCCUCGAGCCGGAGCUGCGCCGCCUCGGCAUGCCCACCCGCAUGGUCAAGGGCCGCAUCGUGAUCGGCGACGAGAACGCCCCCGAGGGCCAGACGGAGGGGGGCUACGUUGUUUGCAAGGAGGGCCAGGUGCUGGAUAGUCGGCAGACGAGGCUUCUGAAGCUCUUUGGGGUUUGCUUGAGCGAGUUCAGGGUCAAGGUCCUUGCGUAA